AGGAGGAGGAGGAGGUUGGCGAAGGGGCGGCGGCGGCGGGAGGCGAUGCCGGACGGGCCAGCCACCACUACUACGGCGGGCAGGUGCGCCGCGGCCGGAGGCAGAGCAGUUUGACGCCAUGGACACGGACGUGCAGUACUUCGGCGCCUCGCUGGGCUCGCUCGCAUCGCUGGGCUGCCCCUGGAGGGCGCAGGACCGCGCCGUGAGCACGGCCGUCGGGGCCACGCUCAUCGUCCUGGGGGUGAGCGCCGCCGCGGCCCUCAGCUGGCUGUCGCUGCACCUGCUGGUCGCCCGGCCCCGCGCGCCCACGCACCUGCUGCUGCUGCAACUGUGCGCCGCCGCGCUGGCCUGCACCGUGCUGUCCGGCUUCCCCUUCACCGGGACCUCGGCCGUCACCGGGCACUGGCUGUACGGCGCCAAGGGCUGCAUCGCGCAGGCCUUCAUCCAGCACCUGGGCGUGGUGGUGCAGCUGUGGACGCUAUCGGGACUGGCGCUGGAGCGCUGGCUGUGCUCGCGGCCCGCCGCCCCCAUGCCGUCGCCGUCGCCGCCCCCGCCCGCCCGCUGGUACGCGCGCGCCCUCGCCCUGCCCUGGCUGCUCGGGGUAGCCGUCGCCGCGCCGCCCCUCGCGGGCUGGGGAAGUUUCGGCUGCGACGUGUCCGGCGUGUGGUGCUCGGUGAACUGGAGCGGCGGCAACAGCGGCGCCUCCUUCGCCUACGCCGUGUUCGCGCUGCUCGCCGGCCGCCUCGUGCCCGCCACCGUCACGGUCUGGUGCCUGUGCGGCGCCCGGGUGGCGCUGCCCGCGCUGCCGCCGCCCGCCGCCGCCCCGCAGGCGCCCCGCCCCAGGACGCCGCACUCCUGCAGCGCAAGCCGCCGAGCACACUCGGCCCUCAACGCGGUGGCACGGCUGACGGCCGCCGGCGUCCUGCUGCUGCGCGCGCCCCGGGUCAUCCUGGACCUGCACCUCGCCGCCGCGGGGCUGUCGUGGGACCGCGCGCCGCGCGUGCUCGCCUACCUGGCCCCCGUCACCGACGAGGCGAGCGCGCUGGUGCUGCCGCUGGUGUGCGCGCUCCUGGACCGCAGCUGCCGCCCCUCCGCCUGCUCGUCGCCGUGCUCCUGCGUCCCCAAGGGCGGCGGCGGCGGCCUGUCGUCGUGCUGCGGGCGGGGUGGCCGCCGCGAGGACGCCGACGACGGCGCCGUCCAGCAGCGGGUGACCUCCCCCGUGCCGUCCUAGCGCAGCGCCAGCAAAGGCCGGCUCACCAGCUUCAGUCACAACUAUUUUACUGUCGAUCUUCUAAUUUCUCAAAAAAAAGUAAUUAAAAAGAAUA